CCGGAAGUGGCGCCUGCGGAGGCGAGCGCGGCGGCGGCGGCGGCGGCGAUGGCCUCCAGCAAGCGGGUUCUCUACGUGGGUGGGCUGGCCGAAGAGGUGGACGAGCGGGUGCUGCACGCGGCCUUCAUCCCCUUCGGAGACCUCACCGACAUCCAGAUCCCGCUGGACUACGAGACCGAAAAACAUCGAGGCUUCGCUUUCAUUGAAUUUGAGCUGGCCGAGGAUGCUGCAGCUGCCAUUGACAACAUGAACGAAUCUGAGCUGUUUGGAAGGACUAUCCGUGUCAACCUGGCCAAGCCAAUGAGGAUCAAAGAAGGCUCCUCCCGUCCAGUCUGGUCAGACGAUGACUGGCUGAAGAAAUUUUCGGGAAAGACACUUGAGGAGAAUUUGGAAGAAGGGGGAGCAGCGGCAGCCUGCUCAGAGGUUCAAGAGGGAGAACCACCAGUGAAAAAAUCCAGGACCAACCCCCAAGUUUACAUGGACAUCAAGAUUGGAAAUAAGCCUGCAGGUCGAUUGCAUAUUCUCUUGCGGUCAGAUAUUGUCCCGAUGACCACUGAGAACUUCCGCUGCCUUUGCACACACGAGAAAGGCUUCGGCUUUAAGGGGAGCAGCUUUCACCGGAUUAUCCCCCAGUUCAUGUGCCAGGCUGGAGAUUUCACCAACCACAAUGGUACCGGCGGGAAGUCUAUCUACGGGAAGAAAUUUGAUGAUGAAAACUUUAUCCUAAAGCACACGGCACCAGGUUUGCUGUCCAUGGCCAAUUCUGGCCCCAACACCAACGGCUCCCAGUUUUUCAUCACUUGCGACAAGACCGACUGGCUGGAUGGGAAGCACGUGGUCUUUGGAGAGGUGACCGAAGGAAUGGACGUGAUGCGGCAGAUUGAGGCUCAAGGCAGCAAAGAUGGGAAACCAAAGCAAAAAGUCAUCGUCUCUGAUUGUGGUGAAUUCAUCUGAACGUGGCUGCAAGCAGACGCUGGUUGGGGAUACAGGAUAAUGGGAAGAGACCAAACAGCCUCGCCUCGCUCUGAAUGGAAACUGGGGUGCUUCUCUAAGCAUUCAGUCUGACUCCGUAUUAUGUGUUCAGAACUGUAAAACUGGGAGAGAUAACUUUUGUACAUAAUUUUCCCCCCAUAAAAGUACACGUAUUUUUACAAGACAUCUGACUUUUAAUUUCCCAUAAUUACUGUUAAAGGUUUACUUUGAAUUGCUUACUCACUUAACAAUAUUGGUCUGGUGCAACCUUUCUCAGUCUUGAGUUUUGCAUUUCUUUCCAUGCUGGAAAUUAUGGAAUGGAUGUGUUUGCACAUGGCAAGAAACCAUGUGCUGCACACACUCCUUCAGGCAAGAUCAGCUUCCACUUUUUGUUUUCAUCGUGGGAGAUGCAAGCUGCAGCCGAGGUGAAUGGUGCCAUGUUGUCUUUUUGCAUCAGCACAAGGAGAACAUGAGAUUGGAACAAAAAGUGCCCUAAGAUUUCUCAUAGCUGCUCUUGAAGGGGGGAGGAAACCCUCGGAUGAAGUGUGUUCUGGUUCUUCCUUUUACUUGUCCGCGGCUCAGUCUGCCAGGGAAACACUCCCAAAUAAAUUAAACACUAUUCAUGGUAGGAAGAUUCCAACAAGGUAUUGUACUAUGG